AUGAUUGACUGGCUUCCCUACAGCAGAAUAAGUGACUACGUUACAAGCUGCCAGCGCCUCAUGGAGCUGGUGGACAGAGGUCUUGUGGAAAAGCUUACUUACCAGGUUGAGAAGGAAGCCUCAGAGUUUGAGGAGGCUGAUUUAGUCACACAGGGUAUCUUUGCAUCAAUAAGAACAGCCUUCAGGCUGCCUCAUACCUUUCUUCUGCUACGCCUUCAUCUCACACGGGGCGGCGCAGGUUGGGCUGGAGCAGCAGCAGCAGCAGAUGACUUGCCCUAUAGGAAUGAGCUUUCCGUAGAAAAAAGUAGAAAAAAGAAAAGAAGAGAACUGACUGAGGAGCAGAAGCAAGAAAUUAAAGAUGCCUUUGAGUUGUUUGAUACAGACAAAGACAGAGCAAUAAAUUACCAUGAAUUAAAGGUGGCAAUGAGAGCCUUGGGUUUUGAUGUUAAAAAAGCUGAUGUACUGAAAAUACUUAAAAAUUAUGAUCAAGAAGCGACAGGCAAGAUCACCUUUGAAGAUUUUAAUGAAGUUGUGACGGACUGGAUACUGGACAGAGACCCACAAGAAGAAAUACUCAAGGCAUUCAAAUUGUUUGAUGAUGAUGAUUCUGGUAAAAUAAGUCUAAGAAACCUGCGCCGAGUUGCUAGAGAAUUGGGUGAAAAUAUGUCUGAUGAAGAACUACGGGCUAUGAUUGAAGAAUUUGAUAAGGAUGGAGAUGGAGAAAUCAAUCAAGAGGAGUUCAUUGCUAUUAUGACUGGAGACAUUUAGCAUUAGAAGAAAAGAAAUGAACUCAGCACAAAAGGGAGGAAACAUUGGCAGCUUCCAUUACAGUGUUUUGUACUUCCAUUCAUUUCUGUAGCUGGAGUGGUGCAGCAAAUUACCUCCCUCACAGGACCAAAAUAAAGACAGGUUAUAUGCACUGAUAGUUCACUACUUUGUAUCAUUAAAUAUUAUCACUAGAAUAAUUGAUAUAUCAUUUUAGAACAAGUAAUGCUGCAUUUCAGAAAGUUCUAGUACUCAUUUGUAAAAUAGCUUUGUAUAAGAUUUCUAAAUUGUAUCAUAAGAACCUUUUGAAGUUGACUUUGUGUUAGCAUUAGCUGUGGCCUUAGUUUUGAUACAUAAGGUUUGACAAACUUCCAUUUUAAUAAAAUGUUCCUUACUAUUA